AGCCAUCUUUUCUCAAGCCUUGAUUCAACCUGUUCGCUUAGAGCGAGAGGCUCGCUGAGCGGCGUUUCCAAUUUCCGCACCAGGCAAUGAGUAAGUAUGGCGCAUUAUCCAGAUCCGAGGGGCACUCCAAGUGGUUUUUGCAAAAGACCUUGCUGGAGCACCACAAGUCCAUGGAUCACCCAUGGAUGCAGAUGAUCUAUAAGCAGGUCUUUAGUCUGAAGCAAUACGCCACUUGGUUGGCCUUGAACCAUGCCAUUUUCGGGGCCAUGGAAGAGAAGCUCUCGGAGCAGCCUCCCAUCGGCACGGUGCACGAUGCCGCGCUGCUCCGAACAAGCGCCUUGGAGGCGGACCUACGACGACUGCUGGGGCCCAACUGGGCUGAGGAGACUCCCAAGCUUUGCGCCGCAUCCAGCUCCACCCAGCGAUAUCUUCAGGGCUUGGAGAAAGAUGUCCAGGGCGCCAGUGGUCAGUACCUUUUGUUGGCCCAUCAUUUUUUGCAGUACAACGCCGUGCUGAGCGGAGGGGUUUACCUGGCCAAGAUGGUCUCUGAGAAGCUCUGUGUUCCUCACGGCGCUCCUGGCGUGAAAUUCUACGCCUUCGAAGGGCCGGUUUCGGGGAAGGAGCCGCAACGGGUGCAGAGAUAUCUCCAAGACUUCGAUACCUUAGAGAUCAGCGAGGAUCAGCGCAGCGAGAUGUUGCAAGUCAUGAGGCGCAUCUAUGCGGAUACUGAAGCCAUGAUGAGCGAAGUCUUUGAACUGAAUCCCGUGCAGGGUAUCAGCUACAAGAGCUCCCAAGAUGGCCAGGAGACAGCGAAGCCCUGCGCUCCCUGCCCCGAACAGUUGGACUUGACCCUGGAGCAGCUGCGGAGAUACACCGGCCAGGACGGAGGACGCAUCCUGCUGUCUGUGGGAGGUGAGCUCCUGGACGUCAGCGCCGGGCGGGAGAUGUACGGACCCCAGGGCGGCUACGCGCUGCUGGCGGGGCACGAUGUCACAAGGUGCCUGGCCACCAUGAGUUUGGAACCCGAACACCUGGAUGACUUGAAGUGGAGCCCGGAUUCGGCAGAGGAUGAGGAGGCGCUGAAGAACUGGCAGAAUCGGUUGAAGGAGAAGUAUCCUUUGGCCGGGAAGUUGCAAGCGACCAGUGAGGAGAUCGCCAUGGAAGGCCUGCGGCAGCGCGGCAACGCCAAGGCGCCGGAAGCAGUGUCAGAGGCGAAGGGCGAGGAUCGAUGUCCCAUCUCGGGGAAACAAGGCACCUGUCCAAUGGCUUCUAUCAUGGGCAUGGCGGGCGUCAAGAUGCCCGAGAAACCGGAGGCCUCCGCGGCCAGCGCCCCUAGCAACGGAGUCAAUGGAGCCAACGGGUCGUCCAGUUUUAUGAAGGGCAAGAGCUUGGUUGCAAGCGUCCAGCAGAAGACUUCCACGGACGAUUCGCUCUUCUACCGAUUAUGUCCCCUCCAUUGGGAUGACAAAACCAUCAAGAUGGUGGCCAUGAUCGCGGUGGCUUCCUGGAUGAGCGGCCUCUUCGUGGGCUGGAACCUUCGCAAGAUGAUCGCGCGAUGACGGGCCGGAUGACGGGCCUUUUGGGGCCGUGAGUUGGGAUGAAGAGUUGUGAAUUUCUGGGGUUUUGAUAUGGUUUUCUUUCGGGUUAAAGCCUCAACAAUUAC